AUGCACCCCAGGGUGCGCAUCUGCUCGCCAAAUCUUGUGAAUAUUCUUGUUUUCUCUUUGGGGCAGUUGACUAAGAUAACACGAACUGGUCCUUCUGCUUGGGAAACCAAAAAGAUUCUGGCAGUUUCUUUUGCUCCUUUGAUCCAGCCCUGUCAUUCAGAGUCUGGAAAAUCAAGACUUGUCCAGUUACCGCCCCUGGCCGUGCGGAGCCUCCAGGAUCUGGCUCGAAUCGCCAUCCGGGGCACCAUUAAAAAGGUCAUCCGUCAGGAAACAGUGAGCAGCGGCGGAAAUGGACUGAAGAACACUCCCAGGGCCAAGCGAAGGAGAGUGCGCCGCCGUCGCAUGGAAACGAUCGUCUUUUUGGACAAAGAGGUAUUUGCCAGUCGGAUCUCCAGCCCAUCCGACGACAACAGCUGUGAGGACUUGGAAGAGGAGCAGCGGGAGGAGGACAGAGCCCCGCCGCCGGACGCGAAGCCAGCCCGACCAGUGAACUUCCUUCGUGAGAAGGUCCUGAGCCUCCCUCUGCCAGAUCCCCUGAAAUACUACCUGCUCUAUUACAGAGAGAAGUAAGUCUGUGGGGGCUGAACCGAGGCGGAGCCCAAGGCUGCACCCCACGCCCUCACGGGGUUGCCCGGGCACAUGCUAUGGGGAAGGAGAGUGCGGUCCUCUCCACCUUUUUGUGUUCAGUUUGUUCUUGGUUUUCCUCUAGAAUUCCAUUCAUUGGUAUUAUUUCAGUAAACAUAAUCUGACAAAGUGCAUAGGAGAAUGUUUUCUCAAAAGGGAGAGACUGUCCUGGAGACAAGGGUGUUUGCUUUUUGCUCUGGUGAAGCUCUUGACACCUGCACGCAGAGACCACCCAAGACACACCUGUGUGCAUUACCCACGAAGCAGUGACAUUGAAAUUAACCAAGACACACCUGUGUGCAUUACCCACCAAGCAGUGACAUUGAAAUUAACCAAGACACUCCUGUGUGCAUUACCCACGAAGCAGUGACAUUGAAAUUAACCUGUGUUGCUUAUAAAAUGUGAAAGCAAGCACAAGUUUGCAAGUGUGUAACAUCUUUCCUGGGUGUGACACACCUGUGUCUGAGUUAGAACUUUAUGGUAUCAACCUCUUAAUUACUGGCACUGAGCUCCACUAACCCUUUUAGUUCUCUGGAGGGGGGAACAUUAUUGAAAAGCUCUCCCUUAUUUUAAAUGUGAUUAAAUCUUAUGUGAGUUGUUGAUUGUGAUUUCAAAAGAGGGAAAUUGUGAUGGGGAAGGAGGGUUAAAAGUAUCAAACUGCCAGAUGUCUCUGUGGAAUUCCAAAAUAAUCCAAGGAAUAUUUUCCUGACACCUUUUUUCUUAUCUUUGGAAGAGCCAAUGUCGGGUAAUCCCUUACAAAAUACUCAAGAAUGAAACAAGUGUUGUGUGUACUAAGCUACAUUACUUUUACCCUAAGGGUAGGGAUGACUCGUGACCCAACCUUGAAUAUGCUAAUGGGUGUCUAAGGCGUGGAUGUGCUCAGUCCUCAAAACAGGUGCAAAGUAUUAAAACUGCAGGAAAUACAGUGGGGACAAUGUUACAGACAGCCUGUGCUUUUUUUUUAAACUUCAGUUGGCUAUUUUUCUGUAAUCGCAUUAGAGUACUGAUUAAUAGGUUUUAUCUUUUAUAAUUCUGGAGAAGAAGACAUGUUAGUUUUCUAAUUUUUCUUAAUAACAAAUACAUGUAUUUUAGUAGCUCCAUUGCAUUAGAAUAAUGGUGUAACCACCAGUGACUUGUGAAAUCUACCUUCUCCAGGCCCUUUGGGUUGAGCGCUUUCUGUCUUUACCUAGUUCUGGGUCUAGAAGAAAAGGCCAUCCUGUCAGAUGGCAGAAUGUUUUCAAGUUACAGUUGGUUCUUUUCAAACUUACUUUUUGUUCCAAAAGAAAAGUAUGGUAUAAAAUGUCAGCAAGAAACUCGAACUCAGAGUGCUGAUGUUGGAUCAGUCAUCCAGAGUUUACGACUAAUGUUAUCCCUCAGCCUCUUGGGUGUUGCUGAGCUUGAGUGUCUUUGUGGUUUCCCCAGCUGAACCGAGUUCUGGUAGUUUAUUUAAUUUCUUUCUUUCUUUCUUUCUUUUUUAACCUUUUCUUCCUUUUUAAGUAACUGAAUCAUUUUUUUUUCACAGGAUACUGUGUGCAUGCAUACCUGGGAAAACAUGUCUGUUGCCCUAGAUUUGAAAAUGUAAUCCUUUGUAAAGACAGUUACUUCAUAGUCGUUUUUACCCUGCUUUUAACUGAAGGUCAAGCAUCCUUGUCUCAGAAGCGCAUGGUUUAUGUUUACUUGCGAUCACUUCGUAGUGUGCACAUCUUUGCUGACAUCAUUCUAAUUGAUAUGUAGCAAUCUCUGCAAUACGUGGACAUUUGGAGCAUAAUGUUAAACACAUGAUAUUUGUGAAGUCUGUUACACUAGGUGGCUUGACUAAGUUUUUUAAUUGUAUGUGGAUUUUAUUUUUUUUAAAACCACAUUUGCCUUUAUGCUAGACUAUAAAAACUCUUCAUAAUGCAUAAGACAUGUUUUUCCCUAUAUAUGUCAAACCUUUCCUAACAUUUGUGUUUGUAUUUACAUGUUGUCAGUUUGUGAUGUUUAAACCAGAAUUUGGUUAAAAGUAUAUAUAGAUAUAAUAUAUGUGAAAUAGUUUGGUGUUUAUCUUAUACACAUCGAGAAGAAUUGUAAAUGGGUUUUCCUGGGCUGAAGUGCCCCUCACCAGAGUCCAGUAUGAUGCACUACUACUCUCUGUUUCCUGACAGAUGGAUUAUGUGUCGCCUGUAACCUCUAUAUUGUAAACCACAUUCUAGACAAUUGUUGACAAAUUUUAUGUUUUGAGUAUGUAUUUCUGUAUGCGAUUUUUGUCUUGAAAGUAGUAAAGCCAUAGACAUGUGCAAAGGAAAUAUCAAAUGUAUAAAUAUCAAGUAUGUAAUGUAAAAAUCAACUGUGUAUGUAACAAUGGUUUUGCGAGUCUGGACCUUUCAGGGAAUUAAUGCCAGAAAUUUCAAACAAAAAUUUUAGUGAGUGGAUAUACAUUGGAUAAAUACAAAGGAUAUCAAUAAACAUAGUUAUGGCACUUGGGCCUUCUUGGCAUGGCUUGUGUUUCCUGUGUGGGAUUGAAAUUCUUGACUACAUAUUUUCCAAAAAUCUUUAAAAAUAAACUUUUUCUUUAUUACAA